ACUGCGGGCCUGCAUUGUUGACACAAUGGCGAGCACAGAUGAGAAAAACGCAGGCCUCGACUCGUCGGAUCUUGGAUUAAUUAAAAGGAUAAUGAUGGAUUCAAAUUCAAUACACGGAAGUGUAGAUAGUUAUUCAGUGCCAGGCGCACAACUGUCAGACAAGCAGACAUUCAGAAACAGGGAUGGAAAUAGUGUCACUGCAUUCCCGGUCUUGGUGGAUUUUCGGAGACUGUUGCAGCUGGCGCCUAGUCUAGCAUCCCUGGCAUGUGAGGGGGCAAACGCAAUGAUACCAGGCAUCAGCAACAGAGACCUGCUUCAUGCCGUGGUUGGUCUGUACGACGUUUCUCUAUCUGACAUGACCCCAGAUGUCCUCUACUCCUCUGUCUGUGAUAAAUGGGCCAGGACAGUGGUUCUAGUGAGAGAUGUACAAGAAACUAUGGAAGACUUGACAAAAAGAAAGACAAUGAGAAGAAAUUUGGUCCAAAAGGAAGAAGAAGAUCAGAAGAAGGAGGAGGAGGAGGGAGAAGAUAAAUAUGAAGAGGAAGAAGCCAGUCCCAGCAAGUUUGCUACAGUGUACAGUGACACAGAGUCCGAGGCAGAAGAGGAGGAGGAUGAUGAAGAGGAUUUUUCCAAAGGAAUAAACAGCUUCAUUAAGAAGGCAGCAGAGAGACGCACACAACAGAAAAAUAUGGAAGCUGUGUCGGAGGACCUAGUGGGUAUUGAGAACAGAAUCAUUGGUUCUAUCACAUUCGAGAAAAAGUACAUAAAUAAAGACAGAGUGAUACAUCUUACACUGCUCUCUGUUCGAAAAAGAUACAGGAAAUUUGGAAUUGGCAAAUACUUAUUACAGCAAAUCUUAGAACCAGAGGUUGUGGGACAUUAUGAUGCAAUAGUAGUCCAUGCAGACAAUGGUGCGGUAGAUUUCUUUCAGAAAUUUGGCUUUUCUGACGACAUUGUCCUCAACAGCCGAUGGAGUGAAUUGGCAGAGCAGUUUACAAACUGUACACUUAUGUGUUAUCUCCCAGCUUUCUCAGGUCACACAUUGCUUUCCAGUCUAAAAAUCCCAGGUUUAGAAGUGUUUGAAUUGGAGCAGCAGUUCAAUAAAUGGAAAGAAAAGACCACAGAGGUGUACCAACAGCAAGUGUCUAUUGUCAUGAGAAUGAAGCAUGAAAUUAUCCAGCUUAAAUGCAUGAAUGAGAAACAGAAUCAGUUGAUAGAUACACUAAUUCUGGAGAAUGAACGGCUAAAGAAAGAGAAGCUUAUGAUAGAAAAAGAAUACCUUGACCAUCGCUUAUCAGCAGUCAAGUCAGGGGCCUACGAGAAUGUAAAAAUCAAUGACAUAAUUCCUCGGGGAUACCUGCCCACAGAUGAUGAAGAUGACAUUGAUACCAAUGAUCUAAUUUCUGGUCUACAACGGGAGGUGGAUCUAAUGGAUUUAGCCAUAAAGCGGGAGAGACUUCAGUGUCUAGUGGAAUCAGACCCAAUCUCCAAAAGUAAAUUCACCACUGUUGGUGGGAGUCAGUAUAUGUCAUUUCCCACAACCAAAAACAAAAAGCAAGGUGAGCCGUAUGAUCACAUGAAAGAUGCCGCAUUCUUCUAUGAUGUGACGGAACAGUUCAAAAAAGGAAUGAAAAUGGACCCCCAAAUCAAAAGCAGCUAUGAAGUAACCACUAUCUCAAAGGCGACAUUAUCAGAUUCCUACGUGGAGAAGUACAGAGAGCAGAUAAAGCAAAUGAAGGAGCCGUCCCUGAUAGCUGACCUGUACUUCUGUGGGGGACUGGAGCACCCAGAGAGGCUCAACGACGUCCUCAAACACGGCUUCCAGGAGUCAGAUUUUAUUUAUGGUGAAUAUGGUCGAGGAUUAUAUUUCUCCAAGUAUCCCUCCAAAGCUGCCCAGUUUUCUGCUCUUGGGAAAAUCCUCCUAGUGGAGGUUGGCCUUGGUAACAUAGAGACCGUCAACACCCAGGACAAAACCAGGAAGUCUCCCAGCAGCUCUCAGUUUGAUUCUAUCAUUACUUCAGGUCGACUUCAAUCAGCCAUUGGAGGGGGGGAUGUUGUGUACAAUGAGGAGUAUAUCGUCUUUAACAGCACACAAGUCAUGCCCCUGUGUCUGAUCAGCUAUGCAGGGACUUGACCCUUCAGCAUCACCCCAUCCCCUGUACCAUCAGCUCCAUCAAAACCUAGCCGCCUUUAUCAUUGUCUGUGUGUCUGUCAGUUGAAGAACUGAUAACUGGCUAAAGGAAUGUUAUUUUUGUAUUUUUUUAAGUCGUACAUUUCAAGGUUUUGUGCUGUCAAUUUUUCUGUACCAGAAAUCAAAUUUUCAUCAUUUAAUAUACAUGAUUUAUUUCACCAUUACUAGUCAAAGGGUCACAUGACAGGGUAUGAAAUGGGUCUCUAUUUGCCUUCAAACUAGUUUUAAAUUAAACCCCCCUUUUUGGUGUACAUAUUGUCAUAUGUGAUAUCAAAAAUAAUUAAACAUAUUUUUUAGAACAAAAAAGGACAAUAUAAACACCAUAAUUUUGACUUUAAAAUGUAGUUACACAUAAAUCAACCAAAGUUAUAUAUUCCUUUGGUACUUAAUUUUAUGAUGUCCAAAAGAAAGAAAAAAAUUUUUUUUUUUUUGAUGCAGGUACAAUAUACUAGUAUUUUUUUUUACAUAAAGUCAUGUUUUGUCUAAGCAUCAAUUGUUUCAUAUAUUGUGAAAAAAAAUCUCAAAUUAGCCCAAAUGUAAAUAUUUUAUCAACAGGUAUUUUUUAACUAUUUUUUCAGCAAUUCAAUCUCUUUUGACAUUAAUUUAUGAAAUGUUAAACUUUUCAAAGCUGUGAAAUUUGUUUACUAUCAACAUUUUGAAUUAGGUUAUAGGCUAAUCACUUUCUACCAUUUAUAUGCUGCAAUACCAUUCACUUAAACACGCACAUACAUAUGAGUACUACACAUGUACUAUGUAUUCAAGAAAAUAUAUGUUUAUUUAGUGUAAGAUUUUUAUACCCCCCACUUGAAAAGCGGGAGGGUAUAUAGUAAUCGUUAAUUCCGUCCGUCUGUACGUCCGUCCGUCCGUCUGUCUAGCUGUCCGUCCGUCUGUUACGCUUUGGGGUACCCAUCUCUUAUCCACAACUCCUUUCAUACCACUGAAUGAAAUUUGAUGAAACUUUCACAGAAUCUUUAUUACAUAUUGCCAUUGUGCACUUCCUAUUUUAGUUUUUGAUCCGACACAUAUUUUGGGUUUCCCGGCCACAGCAAAACAUAGACUUUGCCAUUAUAACUGUAUGGAGGCGGGGGGUAUCAUUUAGUGAGCUCAUUGCUCACAGUACCUCUAGUUUUUAAUCAUUUGAUGUUAAUUAACUGUCUACCAAACUUCAGUGCAGCAAUCUUUUCAUCAGUUGAUCCGUUUCCUGAGGGUAAAUCAUAUUUAUGAGAAUUUUUUUUUUCUUGCUUAUAUUACAGUGAAAAUGAGUAUUAUUUAUGUUGAUAAUGAGAAAAAAAAAAUCUUUGACCAACAAAUAAUUCUGGAAGUUGGUAAAAGACAAAGUAUUAUAUUCAUUUCACAAACUUGUCUUCAUAUAAAAUGUACAUUAAUUAUUUUGUUUGCAAAAAUUUCAUUGUUGCUCUGUACUUACGUUGUGUUUUAUAGUUUUAUAUUUGUUGUAGAAAUUACUUUUGAUAUGGAAAUGUUUAGUUAUUUAUAGUAAGUCAUCCAUUUUCUAUGAAAACUGAAAAAAAAUAUAUGUACAUGGCUCUAAAUAUCAAAAAGCAUGCCUAAUAAAAACAAAGCAGUGGUAAAACAUACAUAAUAUCCUUAUUUUUAACUAAUAAAAGGCCAGGCCAAUAAAAAAAAUUGGUUGGAUUGUGAAAAAUAAAAUUCAAAAGAAAGUGGAAAUUGUAUUCCAACUCAAAUGCAAGUACAACUUUGUGUGUGUGUUUGGGGUGGGUGGGGGUUUACAUUGUCACAUUCUGUAUCUUAAUUUCUAGUUUAUAAAUUACUUCAGUUUAUUCAAUUGUUCAAUAAAUCAAGUUGGUCAAUAUAUUUUUUAAACCACAAUAACUUAGUAUGAAUUCUUUAUACAAAUGUACAGAUCUGUUAAAGUACCAACUCCACAUACAUGUACCGUAUAAGUACCGGUAGAAAUUUUAGUGAGAAGCAAAUUUAGUGAUUUGUCCUGAAAAACUGGUAAUUUAUUUUUAGCGAAAUGUUAUUUUAGCGAUUUUAAAAUGCACGUUAAAGAAGUUAUAACAAAUAAAAUGCAAUUAAUUUUUUAGCGAUAUUCAAUUUUAGCAAUCUCGACACCCUCGCUAAUAAUGCCAAAAUUAAAUCCUCGCUAAAAAUUCUAUUUAUAUGGUAUAACAGAGAAUGUUACUUUGUACUUGUAUCAUUGGAUUGUUUGAAAACUAUUUUUUCUCGGAUAUAUAUAUUUAUUGACUUUGUUUUAGUAUCAAAGAAUGUAUAAAUAAAACAAGACAAUCAA